UCCCGCGCACUCCUCGGCCCCCCUCCCCAGCCCCCGGCCUGUGCGGAUCAUGCCGCCAGCGACGCCCCUCGCGGCCGGGAAACGGUAGCCGGGACGGUUGGCUCUUAAGUUACGACGUUCUUUUUCCGCGCCCCGCCGACCGCAGGGACCGGCGCCACCCCGCCGCGGUGCGCGGCUGGCAAGUGAGGAGUGAGGUCGGCGCCGCCUGGGACGGGGGAGUGGAGCUUCCCGCCCCGGGCAGCGGCCAGGAGGCUUCGCGGUUGAUUAUGGAAGAUUCCCACAAGAGUAACACUUCAGAGACUGCAUCACAGCCUGGUUCAACAGUUCCGGGAAUCAUUUCUCAGAUAGUCCAUCAGGUGUCAUCGUUGUCAGAAAGUGAGGAGUCUCAGGACUCAUCUGACAGCAUAGGCUCCUCACAGAAAGCUCACGGGAUCCUGGCGCGGCGCCCAUCUUACAGGAAAAUUUUGAAAGACCUCUCUUCUGAAGACACACGGGGCAGAAAAGGAGACGGAGAAAAUCCCAGCAUUUCUGCCGUCACUUCUAUGUCUGUUCCGACUCCCAUCUAUCAGACUAGCAGCGGACAGUACAUUGCCAUUGCCCCAAACGGAGCCUUACAGUUGGCCAGUCCAGGCCCAGAUGGAGUACAGGCCCUGCAGACAUUGACCAUGACAAAUUCAAGCAGUGCUCAGCAAGGGGCGAUCCUCCAGUACGCGCAGACCUCUGACGGACAGCAGAUACUCGUCCCGAGCAACCAGGUGGUGGUGCAGACUGCAUCAGGAGAUAUGCAGACCUACCAGAUCCGUACCACACCAUCUGCCACGUCACUUCCACAGACCAUGGUGAUGACUUCUCCUGUUACCCUUACAUCUCAGACAACAAAGACAGAUGACCCCCAACUCAAAAGAGAAAUACGGCUGAUGAAAAACAGAGAAGCUGCCCGGGAGUGCCGGCGGAAGAAGAAGGAGUAUGUGAAGUGCCUGGAGAACCGAGUUGCUGUUCUGGAAAACCAAAAUAAAACCCUAAUAGAGGAGCUAAAGACUCUGAAGGACCUUUAUUCUCAUAAAAGUGUUUGAUUCUUUAAAGAGAAAGUAUUUUCGUGGACUUUUAAGCUUAAAAAUUAGGUGUAUUUCUUUUUAGUGGAAUUGUAUUAAUUCAAAGGUCAAAGAAGCCACUCUGUUGGGUUGUCACAGCCAAUGAGAUGGAGGGUGAAUGGAGACGGCCUUCAGGAAGCUGCUGGCUCAGCUGGAAGCUCCCAAAGGAGAGAUGCUCAAGGAAACGGACUUUCAGCAGUUUAAAUGGAAAUAAAAUAAUAGUCAGCAACGAAAAUGGCAGGUGACAUUAGUGAAGCAGUCAAUGCCUGCUAAGUCUUUAUCUCUGUUCCCUAAAACUUGCCUUUCUGUGUGUGUUGUGUGCGUGCGUGUGUGUGCGUAUUUCUGCCAAUAAAUUUAAAUUACAAAUGUAAAAGAAUGCAUAAACCGUUGCUAAGUGUGUAAAUUAUGUGUCUGACUGUGUCGUACUGUCAGGCUGUGUUGAGUGAGUUUUUCAGUUAGUUUUGUUGGACUAGAUGGUUCGUGAAGAUCUGAACGAUGUGGACAUACAUCCUUCUAUGGUGAUGGUGGCUUGUGACUUUUUAUCAGAAUAGAAAGAGAACUGUCUGCAAGUUUGACAGUUUAAUAGUUUGGUUUUUUGCUUCCUCUGAUAAGGGCGAUUUUUCUUAAGAACAUAAUAAAUUGGUCUUUUUUUAUUUUAUUUUUUUGAUUCUCUAAUCCUGUAUGCAGGUGAAGAUCAUUAUUCUUUUGUGCUUUAACAGAAUGAAGUGUUUACAAACGCCCUUAAAAUGUUUAAAUAACCUGAAGAUGUACACCAAAGCUCUCCUGAGGGAUUUUAUAAUCAUCUUACCGUAGUCUGUCAGGUUCUGAGAGAGUUACUGAGGCCAUCUCACAUCGAGACUGCUGUGUGUAGCCUACGGUACCUUUAUAAAAGAAGUGACUGCCGAUAUAUUUUUAUAGUGAAUCUUUAUAAAUUCUAAUGUUGAGUUUUAAAUGAUUAUUUUAAAUGUUUAUAUAGUUUGUUUAGUAAAAGAAAAUUUGUAUCUCAAAGUAUCAUUUUUAUAUUAUGAGAAGAGUAAAGUUUUCAAUUGGCUGAUAAUUGAAUUGUAUGUUUUAUAUAAAGUUUUAUCUGAAGUUCCAGCUGUGGUCAGUACAGCAGCAUUUAACCUCUGUAUUCUAAUCUGUGUUCACUUGGAAACUGCAAAACUAUUGUGUGCCUACACAGUAUGUUUCAUAUUGUCUAUGAAAUUAAAGAACAUUUGAUAAGACUAA